AUGGCCGAGAUGAGCUUCCUGAGCAGCGAGGUGUUGGUGGGGGACUUCAUGUCCCCCUUCGACCAGUCGGGUUUGGGGGCUGAAGAGAGCCUGGGUCUCCUAGAUGACUACCUGGAGGUGGCCAAGCACUUCAAACCUCAUGGGUUCUCUGGCGACAAGGCUAAGGCGGGCUUCUCCGAAUGGCUGGCUGUGGAUGGGUUGGUCAGUGCCUCAGAUAACGGCAAGGAGGAUGCUUUCUCUGGGACAGAUUGGAUGGUGGAGAAAAUGGAUCUGAAGGAGUUUGAUUUUAAUGCUCUGUUGGGUAUAGAUGAUCUGGAAACCAUGCCAGAUGAGCUUUUGGCCACGUUGGAUGACACGUGUGAUCUUUUUGACCCCCUACUCCAGGAGGCUAAUAAGGAGCCCCCCCAGAUAGUGAACCCAAUAGGCCAUCUUCCAGAAAGUUUGCCAACAACUGACCAGGGUGCCCCUUUCACUUUCUUACAGCCUCUUCCUCUGUCCCCAGGGGCCCUGUCCUCCACUCCAGAUCAUUCUUUUACUUUAGAGCUAUGCAGUGAAGUGGUGAUCUCUGAAGAAGAUAGGAAGCCAGACUCCACUGCUUACGUUACAGUGCACCCUCAGUGCGUAAAGGAAGAGGAUGCCCCUUCAGAUAAUGAUAGUGGCAUCUGUAUGAGCCCUGACUCCUAUCUGGGCUCUCCCCAGCAUAGCCCCCCUACCUCAAGGGGCUCUCCGAAUAGAAGCCUGCUAUCUCCAGGUGCCCCUGGUGGCUCUGCCCGCCCCAAACCCUACGACCCUCCUGGAGAGAAGAUGGUAGCAGCAAAAGUAAAGGGUGAGAAACUAGAUAAGAAACUGAAGAAAAUGGAGCAGAACAAGACAGCAGCCACUAGGUAUCGCCAGAAGAAGAGGGCAGAGCAGGAGGCCCUCACUGGUGAAUGUAAAGAGCUAGAAAAGAAGAAUGAGGCUCUGAAAGAGAAGGCAGAUUCCUUGGCCAAGGAGAUCCAGUAUCUGAAAGAUUUAAUAGAAGAGGUCCGCAAGGCAAGGGGGAAGAAGAGAAUCCCCUAGUUAGGGUAGUCAGGAGGAUGUAUGCUUGUACAUAGGAGGCUAGUGCUGAAGCUGUGUGUUUUAAUAAAUUAUUUUGUAGUGAAAGUA